GAGAGGCGGCGGGCGCUGUCAGCGGAGCCCCGCUCCUCGGUCAGACAGAGCUGCUGCCGCUGAAGGGGCUGGGGAGGGAGGAGAGCAGUGCGGAGCCGGGCGGACACCGGCUAGAGGAAAAGCGUCCCUCCCGACCCCAGCGCAGGGCGCGCCAGGAGCUGCCGCUGCCCGUCCGACCGCCCGGGGCGGCUCCGCGCUCCACCGCGGUGCGGGGCGGUGCGCGCAAGGCUGGGCACGGAGCGGCUGCUGCCGCCGCUGCUACUGCUGCCGAAGGUGAAGCUCUCGCUCUCCAAUUACUUUUCCCAAGAGAGAGAAGGAGGCAGCAGGAGGGGGAAGUCGUGCUGUGCGCGAAGCCAAACCAAUCAGAGAUGCUCUAACGGAGGUAUUGCUGCAGGACGCGCCGGCUCUUCCUCCCUUCCUCUGCCGGCGGGGCUGAAUCGGGACCUCACGCAGCUGGCGGAGGGGCAGGAGCCGGACCGAGCUGCAGGACUUCUUCACCCUCCGCUUUUCCGAGAGCUAAUCCAUACUCCGACCUCUUUUAUUUUAAUUUUUAUUAUUAUUAUUUCUAAUACUCUGAAAUCGUGCAAGAGAAACACUUAAAGUCUUCCCUCCUUCCCUUCCCACGUACUUCACCCUCCCUCUCGCAUCUCUUAGCCGGAUUCCUCGUAUAUUCAUUCCCAAAGAGGCGGGGCGACACCCGGCAGACGACUGCCCGCUCCAGCCCGGCCGACCCGAGCCGACCCGAGCCGAGGGGAGCCUAGCGCGGCGCCGCUCCGCUCGGUGCCCGCGGGCACUGGCGGGCCGCGGGGCGUGUGCCGGCGAUGCCCGGGCGGUGAGGCUGGAGCUCCCCCCCGACGUGAGGAGGCCGAUCCCUAGGUGUUUCCAGCAGGAAGCGGGGCUGCAGGAUGAAUAAGAGAUACUUACAGAAAGCAACAAAAGGAAAACUGCUAAUAAUAAUAUUUGUUGUAACGCUGUGGGGGAAAUUAGCAUCUGGAGCAAAUCAUCAUAAAGCUCACCAUGUUAAAACCGGGACCUGUGAAGUGGUGGCACUCCACAGAUGUUGCAAUAAGAACAAGAUAGAAGAAAGAUCACAGACAGUGAAGUGCUCCUGCUUCCCUGGGCAGGUAGCAGGUACCACCCGGGCAGCUCCUUCUUGUGUUGAUGCUUCAAUAGUGGAGCAGAAAUGGUGGUGCCACAUGCAACCAUGUCUUGAAGGGGAGGAAUGUAAAGUUCUUCCAGAUCGUAAGGGAUGGAGCUGUUCCUCUGGGAAUAAAGUGAAAACAACUAGGUCUUUUAUGCCGCCAUGCUGCAGUCCCACUAUGGAGUUGUGAUCACCACAAAAACCUCAAGAGGAUAUAUCCUUGUCUGAAUUGCUACAGUUAUUAUCUGUUACAGAAAGUAAAAUAAGGCAAACGUGUAAAACUCCUCAAGUCCGAAUGGAGAAGUAGAGAAAGGAGGUUUCUGCUGUGCCUGAUGACAAUUUUUGUUUUUUUCCACACACACAAAAUAUUCUGGCUCCACGUUGGAGCACUAGUUGUGAUGAAUCCUAGUCUUGGUCGGAUUCUAAGGAAGGGCCAGAACGUUCGUUGAGGAAUAAAGAGUCAGACCACUCCAGAAAAUAUGUUCCAGCCCUGGUUUAUUACUCACAGAGCAGCAGGUAACCCGAUAGCUAAAGACAAAUCAAGUCAGUCUCAAGGCUGGUAACAUUAAAUACAACACACAGGAAUUUCAUUCCUCCAGGCAAUCCUUGAAGUGAAAUUUUAUACUGCUGGGGUGUAUCCUUCAGAAUCAAUUGUUUCAAUGAGAACCUGCCUUGUAAUCAGCAACAGCCUUGAGAUCAAAACUACUGGGAAGUUAUUCUGAACUUCUGUGUCAUAAAGAUUUCAACUGAUUGAACUGUGUACACUUGUAAAAUUGCACUUGCUGAGGAAUUUGCAGCUGUAAUCACAAGAGUUGAUACUUAACAUGUGCAGAAAAACAGCAAUCUUUUGGAUUCUCCAUUCCAGACCAGUGGCUUUUCAUCUUGAUGAAGUCAACCACCAAAAUGUAUUGGUUCCUUCUCUCUAAAAUGAUCCCUGGUCCACAUUCAGAUCGCUGAUGGGACUGCACACUGCUUUAAUUAAAUUUCUGUUGCAGAAAUUGUCCUCUGGCAUGGCACAGUUUUAGACAUUUUUAUUUGUAUUCUAAUCUUGGAGCUCUCAAAGUUACAUAUUUCAACAUCUUGAAGUUGCUUUUGUUAUAGGAAUGGAAAUAUAUAUCCAUUGUUAAUAAUUAUUGUUGACAAGUAAUAGUUAUCUGAAUACAUCAGUCAUAUUAGAAUGUAUAGUCAGGCUGACAUGUUUCCCUAAGGCUAACCAACUACUGCAGCUCUUUGGCGGUUAAAAAAGUGGUGGUCAAAACUCAAUUACCACUUCCAUUAUAAGGCCUUUUUAUAACUUUAAAAUAUACAUUUCCAUUUAGUUUGAAGGAGAUGAGUGUUCCUGAUAUGUACUUUACUUUCUCAACCUUUAGUUCAUUGAAAUCCAUGGUAAGCAUUCAAUGGCAGUAUUUCAUCCCUUUUUAUAAAGGCAGGCAGGGAUGUAAAUGAGUUUUGCAAUUAUGAAAUUGGAUGGUAAUCAUUCAGAAUUUUGGGGGUAUUUUUUAUUAAAAAAUAAAGUCUCUUGCUUGAACCUAAAUACUGUUGGAUGCUUAUGUAGAUGUCUGCUCAGUCUGUUUGAUACAAAGGAAGAAAGUCCUAGUGCCCUCUCAGAUUUACAGUUUGUGGGUAUUUUGCUUGCUUACAGUCAUCCAAUUCAGACCUGAUCCUUGCCAAAAUCACAUUUGCUGGUUUUAUUUUUGUUUCAGGAGCAAUUUUUGAACUUAGUGAUGUGCUGUUACAUGAAAAAAAAAAAAUCCUCAAUAUUUAAAGGCCUUAAGCAUCUAUGAGCUUUUUUCUAGGUUAUUACAGAAUGUAUAAUUUUAUACUCCAUUUAAUGUAUAUUGUACCCUCUGUAAUAUUGAUACAACAGAAAUUUGGCAAUUCCAUGUAGUGACACUGCAUAAGCAUGCUGACUGGAGAGGGUGAGGGAGUUCUGACUGUAUGCUUUGGUGCACUGAAACAAAAACCACACACACUUAAUGGCAGUCAAAUAUAUAUAAGGUGAGCUUAUUUAGAAGUCCUGUGUGUUUACCAGACUUUCAGAAAAAGAGGGAAAUGAUUUUAUCAUCACAAGCCAUUGACAUGGCUAAGUAGUUAUAUAUAAAGUUCCAUGAUGGAUGAGCACCCUGGAGUGCUCUGCCUAUCACAGUAGCUCCUGCUGUUCCAAAACCAUUUCAUUACCUUUGCUGUAUUAUUGCACAGGAGAGCUUAAAUAAAAUAAAUGACUGUUGGGAAUAAAAUUGAAAAGCAUAUUCUAUCAUUCUGUUGAGAAAUAAUAAAAAAAUGUGGCAGGGAAAGAUAUUUUUCUGAUUAAAAUUUAAUUAUGAUAAACUAGCAGCAACUAGGUAUCUCAGUAUUUUAGGAUGGAUUAAUACUGUAUAGAUUUGUGCUAACAGGUGCAGGACAGAAAGCAGCAUCUUAAAGAGAUUGUCUGGGACAGUGCAAAGUGUAAAAGUGCUGUUUUGUAAAAUCUGAAUAUAACCUCUCUUUGGUCAAAAACUACAUCAUGCUUUCAAUAUUUGUUUUCUUUGUUUCUUUGUUCUUAAGCCAACAAUGAAAAUAUUGUAUAAUAUACAAGUGUAACACAUGCAUAUCAAUAAGUGAAAAUAAAUGGAUUUUCAAAUAUGCUAAAUAGAUUAUCUGAAGUAGAUUAGUGUUGUGAAUAUUCAUAGAAAGUGAAUAAAAUUGUAAUAUAAAAUAGA